CCUAGAGGAAAGGCACGGAGAUCGUAGUCUUGGUACUUUGCCGCUAGGAGUUUUUCUUCGUGCAUUUUCUAAAAACGCUUUGCAUCACCAUCCCACUAUGCCGUGGACUGCAUUUCCGAUAAGGCUCCGUAUUGAUGACUUAGAGGAUUAUUUCAGCUAAGUUCCGCCUUGAAUGUGUUCUAUUAUUCUCGCUUCUUCUUCUGUAGUCAUUUGUAAGAUGUAUGAAAUGUCUCCAUGAAUAGCAUCAGUACGUACCGCCAAAGUCGACUUCUCGCUCGAAGACUCGAAUGCUUCUCCGAAGCGUAUAUGGCCAACCAACUUUGCCUUCGUCAAUGCCAGUUUUAUCCCAGCAAGGACUCACGCACGCAGGAAUAUUGUUCUUUCACGACUGAUUCGUCGCAGGGGAGUAGUGCAGUGGUGAGUUACUGUAUACGACUUUCCGCAUCCGCGCAAACAUUCAAGAGUGUGCAUACGCUAGAGUCCUUCGGAAAGGGGGGGAGAGAAGGGAGAGUCUCCUCCGAGAAUGCCUUUAACCGGCGCAUUAGUACGCUAGCUCGUAUACGCCGACUCUACAGACGCCACAAGAAGUUGUUCGCCGUCAUUAGGAACCUGUUCAGCCGAUGCCUUCUCUUGCAUAUUCUGUCAGAAAUAUCACUUGCAUAUUCUGUCAGAAAUAUCACAAUGGCUCCCAUUGUUCUCGCUAGCUCGCCCUGAUAAUUGGUCCGAGUCUCUGGUGUUAUAAUCCCUGCUCUCUGUUGAAUUGGCUAGAAACAU